AUGGCUGUUGGAAACCUCAGUGGCGUAGCGCUUGCUGCACACGGAAGCUGCACGGACGCAAGUACCGCAAAGCUAGAUACCAAUGCAGUCGACGCACCAGCUAUCCAGCAACAGGAUGCCUUUGAUGCCAAAGAUGGUCUUUCAAUCAAGAGUCUUUGGGCCAUCUCAAUCUCCAGUCUUUGUGAAAGCGAUCGAACCAUGUUCCAAAUCGACAACGAGACCGACCAACUGCGAAUUCUUGGCGACAUCAUUCGAAUCAUCGAGAAUACUCUAGAGAAAAAGCGAAAAACUGGUCUCGUUCGACCCAACACGCUCUGCUUCGCCUUGGGCGGGCGUCAAAGCAGUCCUCUCCUGAAGUCGCUAUGUAUGAGAUUAAUCCACCGCGUUAAUAUCUCGUGGCUUUGCCUCAACGCCUCUGCUGUUAGCAGUGCUAUCCUAGAAGGAUUGGAGGUAGUAAUUCGCGUCAUCUCGCGGAACAAUGUCAUUGAAGCGACUUAUCGCCGUGAAGAAUCGGUCGAUUUACGGACUGAUUUUGAAACAGGGCUUGACAAACUUUACAAGCUAGUUUUGGAUUUUCUCUGCUCAGCAAAGAAACACUACGCUCGCAGCAGCUCGGGUAAGUGGUUGUUCGGACAUACACUGCCAUCCCGGAUGACUCACGAGGACAACUGUCAGAAGAGGAUAGUCACAAAGUUACUAUCAAGCGGCAUGGAUUUGAACACCGCGGAUGAGCUCGGAAGAUCCGCAUUAGAGUUCGCUGUCAACGAGCUCAGAGACAACAGGUUUGACCGCCGUCGAGUUAAGGGCGAGCUUGAAAGUAGAUUCGAAAUGCUCAGCACCCUUUUGCGCCACGGCGCCGACGUGUCUAAGCUUACUGAAGAGUGCCAUGUGAUCACAACUGAAAUAGUCGAGCGGGGAAGACUCGACCUCUUGCUCAGAUUCGAGGUGGGGGGUUGUCACAUCUUUCCUCAGCAGCAGGGCCUCUCUAGCGCAUUGUCAAUCGCUGUCAGGAAAAGGCAUGUUGACAUGGUUGGACAUAUCAUUGAUACUCAGAAGCCCGGGGAUACAAAGAUUGACAGGGUUCUCGGGUCACUGGGAGGUUCUGGUUCCAGUGCACAAGAAGAGGACCAAGUGCAGAUUGCGAGGCUACUCCUCGCAGCGCGUUCAAGUCGCUUAGUAACGAUGCUGCCAUUCCCACUGAACAGGGCUGCGAGCAACAAACAUUUUCUACUCUACAGGACCCUUAUCGCCGAAGCCGACCACAGCCAAGAGUCUUACAUAAAGAUGCUAAAGGACACAGUCAGAACACGGGGCAAAGGCGGCGAAUAUAUUCCUGCCAUCUGGAGACAAGUUGGCUCGCGACCAGAUAAACUCUUCAUAUAUAAUUCGGCAAUCACAGCCUUCACCCAGAAUGUCACCAGUUCUUACACAUCUAACUUUUCGUUGUUGCACAUGCUCCUGCAAGGUGCUGAUUCAAAUAUACGAGGCAGGUCCGGGGAGAGCCUGCUGUAUCACACGGCGAUUUUUAAGGUCAAGAAGAGAGAGUGA